AUGUCAAAAAGUGCUCUUAUUAGAAAUCAGAUCGUGCAUCAUGUAUCCAACAACUGGCAGAGGUUCAAAUAUUUUACUCAGCAAGAAUCUGGUGAACCUUAUGGUACUAAACGUUUGUACUUCGAGGACAUGUCGAAGCCUUAUACACAAGGAUCUCUUUGUGAAGUUAAAGCGGCGGCAGAGUUGUUUUCAUAUCAGUUUCAAGUAUAUCAAGAUGGCUGUCUCAGGGCUACGUUUGGUGAAGCAUCAGAUGUAAUUAAAAGACUCAGGUUUACUGGAAACCACAACAACGGUCAUUAUGACGUUUUAGUUCCAUUAUUUGAACCAAUAAGUAUUGAUAUUACUCAACCAUCAAACAAUCUUGAUCAAAAUCUUGAAACAGAGACCGAAGAUGUAACAAAUUUGUCUUCCUCUCAAUUAACUUCUGACACAACUUUCUUGAGUAGUGAUGGAUCUGCUUUUGUAACUGAAAUAUCAAUACGAUCAAAAAGUGGAACAAAACGAAGAAAAAGAUUUUCUAGCGCAAUCAGAGCUAAACAACUGAAAAAAGCUGCUUCAAAAUAUACAAAAAACCAUAGAGAAGUUCAUAGAGAGGCCGCUAGAAAAUAUAAUGAAAGUCAUCCUGAAAUCUUAAAACAAGCCACCCAAACAUAUCGUCAAACUCAUCCUGAUGUAGUGAAAAAAAUUCACAAGGCUUACAACGAAAAAAAUCCACACGUCAAUCGAGCAGCUACUGCCAAAUAUCAUGAAAAAAGAUCAAAAUCUAAAUUAUUGUCCUGGACUUCUAAACAUUUGUCCGGUUUCAAGUACGAUAGUAGAAUAAAUUAUUCGAAUGAUAAAAUUGUCAAUCUUGGUCCACGUUCUCCUUGCCAAUGGUGUCAUGCUCUGAAAUGGAAAGAUGAGACUCAAGGAAUGUGCUGCAGUAGUGGUAAAGUCCAACUUUCUAAGCUUGGCCCCUAUCCUGAACCUUUACACAGCCUAUUGACUCAUCAGGAUCCACUAUCAGAACAUUUUCUGAAAAAUGCCCGUAAGUAUAAUGGAUGUUUCCAAAUGACAUCUUUUGGAGCCAAAGAGGUAAGAGAAGGAAAUUUUAUGCCAACUUUCAAAGUUCAAGGGCAGGUUUAUCACAGAAUAGGCAGCUUGAUGUCUGAACCUAAUCAAAAGCCUUCUUUUCUUCAAAUAUACUUUGUUGGUGAUGAAUGUCAUGAAAGAGACAUCCGUUGUGGAAUUUAUCCUGGCGUUUAUCCGGAAUUAGUUCAUCAACUGCAGAAGUUGUUACAUCAGCAUAACAAAUAUCUUCAGGAUUUUAAGGCUGCAAUAGAUUCAAUUCCUAAAGAUCAAAAAGACUUCAAAGUAAUAAUUAAUGCUGACAGAAAACCGGCUGGAGAACAUAAGGGCCGUUUUAAUGCUCCUCAGGCAAAAGAAGUUGCAGUUCUAAUUGUCGGACAGGAUUUCGAAAAAAGAGACAUUGUUCUUCACAGUAGAGACAAUAAGUUGAUGCGAAUUAGUGAAACACACCGCUCAUAUGAUGCUUUACAAUAUCCUUUGAUGUUCUGUUAUGGAGAAGAUGGCUAUCACAUCAACAUAUCUAAGCGUGACGAGACGACUAAACUGCCUCUCGAUAAGACAGUAUCUGCUUCAGAAUUUUACAGCUUUAGAAUUAUGGAGUGUGAGAGUGAAGUGUGCUAUUUAUUGCGAUUCCGCAAUCUUUUAAAUCAAUUUUUAGUUGACAUGUACGCAAAAAUUGAGACUGAAAGACUUAACUAUAUUCGUAACAACCAAAAAAAACUGAGAAGUGAGGAAUACGUUCACUUGAAAGAUGCUUUGUCAAAAAAUGAUGAACAAUUAUCAACAAUGGGAAAAAUGGUUGUGUUGCCUUCUUCUUUUACUGGAGGACCCCGUUACAUGCAUGAGCGAACUCAAGAUGCAAUGACAUAUGUACGUCAUUAUGGACGGCCAGAUUUAUUUAUAACAUUCACCUGCAAUCCUAAGUGGCCGGAAAUAACGCAGCUUUUGAGUGAAGGUCAACAGUCUCAUGAUAGACAUGACAUCGUAGCGAGGGUUUUCAAUGUGAAAGUGAAACAUAUGAUAAAACUUCUUACAGUAGGUCGUAUCUUUGGUGACACGAGGUGUCACAUGUACACCAUAGAAUGGCAAAAACGUGGACUCCCUCAUGUUCAUAUUCUAUUAUGGUUAGAAGAGAAAAUGAGACCAGAGUCUAUUGACCAAAUUAUCUGCGCUGAGUUACCUGAUCCAGACAUAAAUCCAGAUCUUUAUCAAAUUAUCAAGACAACCAUGGUUCACGGUCCAUGUGGAUCUUUCAAUUUAAAAUCACCCUGUGUUGUUAAUGGUAAGUGCACAAAAAAUUACCCCAAGGAAUUUUUAAAAGAAACUCAAACAGGAGAUGACGGAUAUCCCAAGUAUCGUAGACGAUCACCAGCAGACGGAGGAAAAACUUUCAAACUUAACGGAGUUGAAAUCGACAACCGAUGGAUAGUGCCGUACAAUCCCGUUCUAUCCCAUACCUUCGGGGCUCAUGUUAAUGUUGAGAGUUGUAACUCUGUAAAAUCCAUAAAAUACAUCUGUAAUUAUUUAAAUAAAGGAUCUGACCAAGCAUCGUUUACCGUUCAGGAUCUUGAUGAGGUGACGAACUACCAGGCGGGACGUUACAUCAGUAGCUCUGAAGCAGUCUGGCGAAUAUUUCGUUUUCCUAUUCAUGACAGGUUUCCUUCGGUGAUGCAUCUUGCUGUACAUCUUGAAAAUGGUCAAAGAAUUUAUUUUACUGAGCAAGAUGUGGUUGACAAAGUAAUUAAUCCAAAAAAAACAACACUAAUGGCUUUUUUUGAGCUUUGCCAAGUUGAUGACUUUGCAAAAACUCUUUUGUAUGUUGAAGUUCCAGCUUAUUACGUAUGGAAAAAUAACCGCUUUGAUAGAAGAAAAAAAGGUAAGGUUGUUUCAGGUUAUUUAGGAGUCAAGAAAGAUCAAGUUUUAGGUAGAGUUUAUACCGUGCAUCCCGGAAAUACUGAAUGUUAUCACCUGCGUCUUCUCUUACAUGAGAUUCGAGGUCCUACAUCAUUUUCUACUUUGAAAACUGUUGAUGGAGUGAUUCAUCCAACAUUUCAAGCAGCAUGUAGAGCACUUGGUCUUCUAGAAGAUGAUGCUAAUUGGUGUCGCACUCUGGAUGAAGCUUGCAUCUCUGAUUCGCCCUACAAGAUCCGUGAGCUGUUUGCCAUUAUGUUAGUUUUUUGUCAUGUUGACGACCCACCAAAAUUAUGGGAGAAAUAUCGAGAUUAUUUUUCAGAAGAUAUUAAGAGAGAGGUAGAACGAGACGGUGGAAAUGUUGAGCUGUUACUUGAUGUUAUUUACAACAAAUGUCUCAUACUACUUGAAGAUAUUGUUAUAUCAAUGUCUGGAAAAACACUUCUUCAGUUCGGUCUCCACUCUCCAAUCCGAGAUGAAAGGUUUAUUGUCACUAAUCGUCAAUAUUUGCAUGAAUUGGCUUAA